AGUGGUCGACCUGUUGUAUUUAUGGAAUGUGGUAUUCACGCUCGAGAGUGGAUCAGCCCUGCUGUUUGCUUGUAUUGGAUUGAUAGAGUAAACCAAUACAGCAAAAAUGAUGCCAAAGCAAGAGAACUGUUGGAUUCUUAUGAGUUUGUCGUGGUUCCUGUUUCUAAUCCAGAUGGUUAUGAAUAUUCCAGAGGGUCAAAUCGACUUUGGAGAAAAAAUAGACAGACAUUUACCCACUCGGGAUGUACUUCUUCAAUUGGUGUAGAUUUAAACAGAAACUUUGAUUCUGCAUGGAACACUGUUGGUACAGGUACCUGUAGAAGUGACACCUAUGCUGGAACGGAGGUUUUCUCUGAAAAUGAAGCUAAAGGAAUAAGAGAAAAAGUACAAUCCUAUAACGGAAUAUCAGCAUACGUAUCCCUUCACUCUUAUUCUCAGUACAUAUUAACACCAUACGCUUUUGGUAGUUCAGUACCUGGCAAUAUUAAUCACAUCAAAUCCGUUGCAAAUGGCGCUUCAAAUGCAUUAGCAUCUGUCCAUGGUAGGAACUUUCAGGUUGGAUCUGCAGGUGAACUUCUAAAUUAUAAUGCAGCAGGCGGGUCGUCUGACUGGGCUCAACUGAGAGGCGAGACUCCGUUUUCAGUGACCUAUGAACUGAGACCAUCAAGCAGUGAUUACCUUACAGGAUUCCAGCUUCCUGCUAAUCAAAUUAUCCCAAGUGGUGAAGAGAUGUGGGAAUCUUUAUAUGCCUUGAUUGUCAACCACUAA